CAUAAAAGGUAGCCUCAACCACCACAGCUCUCAGCAAGACUUUAAACCAUUCAAAGCUUUCCUCUUCUUUGAAAGUCCUUACAAGUUCUUUCUUUCGUUUUUUGCUUAUCUAUAUCGAAAAAAAAAAGACCAUGGCUAUCCGUAUGCCUCGUAUAAUCAAGAAGUCUUCUACAGCUAGAGACGUCCCGAAAGGCCACUUUGCUGUGUAUGUUGGGCAGGAGCAGAAGAAGAGAUUCGUAGUCCCCAUAUCAUUCUUGAGUCAACCUUUAUUUCAAGACUUACUUCGUCAAGCUGAGGAGGAAUUUGGUUUCGAUCAUCCAAUGGGUGGUCUCACAAUACCCUGCAAAGAGGAUGUCUUCAUUGCCCUUACUUCUCGUUUGAGGAACUGAAACGUAAACUUGCUUUCAAAAUUUUGUACUAAAGCAAGAUUUGGACACUGUAAAGUUUAGGAGUUAGAGAAAUCAGCAGCUGAUGUUAGUAUGAGGCAUUUCGCCUCUGACUAGUUAGAAAAGUGGACUUUAUAUCCACUAAUCCUGAUUGUCAUUCCAUGUCAAAGAGACAAAUGACUCUUUCACUUUUUUCUAGUUUAAAGAUAAUGAAGUAUUGAACCUUCUUUAAUAUAUGGUUUCAUUCA